GAAAUGCUUUAGUGCAGCGAUUUCGAAUUCGAAUUUUUAAACUAUAUUGUUUGUGCAAACUUACUUUUACUUAUUUUUAAGCCAGUAUAAUAAUAUGCUCCCCAAUAGAUAUUAAAACCAAAAUUAAUGAUUAUUCAAUGCAAGCAAGAGAAUCAAUGAACAAAUUUGCGAUACCCAAGUAAACAUGGUUUAUUUUCGCAACUGUUUCACGGUCUCUCUAGUCAAAACAACACAUAAAUGAGGCGAUUAAAUAAUUUAGUGACUUUCUUCACAGCCAUAACUGCCUUCUUCUUCGGUAGUUUCAUCACAAAGAUACUCAGCUCCGUAGACCAAUGUCCGGCGCACCGCAGCAGAAUCCCCCACCUGGAGCCGCACCCGAAACUCUUCCUUAUGGUGUUGGUGCUCAGCGCACCGCACAAUUCCGAUGAGAGGAACGCGAUGCGGAGCACCUGGCUGGCAAAUGCCGGCCAAUCCCUCACACAGCCCUACCUGCCCGAGGAGCUGAUUUAUCUUCCGACAUUCAACGCCCAAGGCCACUUGCAGGUGGAGCUGGUGGCGGAGCAGGCGAGCCGGCUAAGGCAGUACACGAAUUGGCAGCAAAGUCUGCUGACGGAAGAUCCUCCAAAGACCAAAAGGCUGAUCACCGUGAAGCACGUAUUUUCCAUUGGCACACUAGAUUUAAGCAGCUCAGCGCUGGCGGAGCUGGAGAAGGAGCAGAAGCAACACAACGAUCUCUUGCUGUUGAACCGGCACCAUGACACAUACAGGAAUCUUACGGCGAAGCUCAUGCAGUCCCUCGAUGUCCUGAGACGCCACAACGAGUUCUCGUAUGUGCUGAAAGUGGACGAUGAUACCUAUGUUAAGCUGGAUAGUCUGGUGAAUACGCUGGUUUCCUACGAUCGCAAGUUGCUACGCAAGAGGUCGGAGUAUAGGGACCAUGUGUUGCCUCAGCUUUAUUGGGGCUACUUUAACGGCCGAUCCACAAUUAAAACGAAGGGCCAGUGGAAGGAGUCCAGUUACUACCUUAGCAAAAACUACCUGCCGUAUGCACUGGGUGGGGGAUACGUUCUCUCCCGAAGUCUGUGUGACUACAUUGUCAAUAACUCUCAACUGCUGUCGCCCUAUGGGUCCGAGGAUGUCUCCGUUGGCACCUGGCUUGCCCCACUGCGCCACGUCUAUCGGUGGCACGAUCCCAGAUUCGACACCUCCUACGCACCGCGCAAGUGUCGGUCCUACCACAUGGUGCUGCACAAACGCAGUGGGCAGAUGAUGAGGGACAUCCAUGACGGUGAACUCUGCAGUGGCAUUGGUUCGAGCAUAUUGUCCGAUUACUAUUACGAUUGGACGAGAACAGCGGACAAAUGCUGCGACAGCUUAGUAGCGUAGCAGUAUCAUGGGCAGACUAACCAGCGCUGAACUGGCCAUUUUAUAGGAUCUUCCUUUCCUUAACGACCAGCUACCACGACUCAGCCGGCUGUGCAGAGCUCCUCGCUGUGCUUUGUAUUUGCAGCCGGAGAGCAUCCUCCACUGCGAUGGCCAAGAAGCAACACUCGUUUUGUCGCUAGUGGGGCACGUUUGCAUGCGUAGAAGUAGUUUAAAAUGUCGAGACUGCAUUGGCAGGACAUAAUUCCACAGGACAGGGACCUUUAGAAGAACUUAACGCCGUGGCUGCCGUCCAUCUCGAUCAACUCACACCUGCCCUUCUCCUCCAG